AGCUUGGAGAAGAUCAUCCAGCGAGACUUUUUUCCUGAUGUGGAGAAGCUGCGAGCACAGAAGGAGUAUCUGGAGGCUGAGGAAAAUGGAGACUUGGAGAAAAUGAGACAAAUUGCUAUCAAGUUUGGCUCUUCCUUGAACAAAUCGUCGAGGGACACACCUGCACCCUAUGUUACCCCAGCCACGUUUGAAACCCCAGAAGUGCAUCCAGGUGGCCUUCCAGUGGGAAAUAAAUCUAAAGCUGGCAUCAAGACUGCAGAGGAAGGAGAAGCAGAGAAGGAUGAGAAAGAUGCUCUUCCCAGCCUGGACACGUUCCUGGCCAAGCACACGAGCGAGGACAACGCCUCCUUUGAGCAGAUCAUGGAGAUGGCCAAGGAGAAGGAGAAGGUCAAGCACGCCUGGCUGUACAGCGCAGAGGAGGAGUACACCCGGCAACAGAAUGAAAACCUGGCACUUCCUUCAGCUGAGCAGCAAGCUCUGGAGAAUGUGAAAGCUGGGCUGGAUACCUGGCAAUACACAGCUCGAAACACCCUCAUGUAUUAUCCCACAGGUGUGCCUGAUGAGAGUGAAGUUUUUAAGAAGCCCAGGGAAGUUGUGCAUCGAAACACACGUUUUGUGAAGGACCCUUUUAGCCAAGCUGUGAGCAAAUCACAGCUCCAACAAGCUGCAGCCCUCAAUGCUCAGUACAAACAGGGCAAAGUGGGACCUGAUGGGAAAGAACUGAUACCACAAGAUUCUCCAAAAGUGAACGGGUAUGGAUUUGUGGCUACCCCCUCUCCUGCCCCAGGUGUGAAUGAGUCACCUUUUAUGACAUGGGGUGAAAUUGAAAGCACCCCUUUACGUCUGGAAGGGUCAGAAAGGCCUUAUGUGGACAGAACACCUGGCCCAGCUUUCAAGAUCCUGGAGCCCGGACGCCGUGAGAGGUUGGGACUGAAGAUGGCCAAUGAAGUGGCAGCUAAAAACAGAGCAAAGAAGCAGGAGGCACUUCGAAAAGUGACAGAAAACCUGGCCAGCCUUACUCCAAAAGGACUAAGCCCAGCAAUGUCACCAGCUUUGCAAAGACUUGUGAACAGGACUGCAAGUAAAUACACGGACAAAGCCCUGCGAGCCAGCUACACCCCCUCCCCAGCCCACACAGGAACUCCUGGGUACAAGACCCCAGCCAGUGGGCCUCAAACCCCCCAGAGCACCCCACAAUCUAGGACAGUAUCUCAGACACCAGUAUCUCAGGAUACCACAUCCAUCACGGACAAUUUGCUGCAGCUUCCCAAGAGAAGAAAGGCAUCUGAUUUCUUCUGAACAUUCCAGUCACCACCAAGGUGACAGUGAUCUGGCUGUGCUCAGUGAACUGUGGACUGGAUACUGGAAACUGGGAAAAUGGACAUCAUUUCUUAAAGAUAUAUUUCUAAGAGGGCUUGCAUUUAAAUUAAUUUCUGUACAGCUAUGUCUGUUUCUUAAGUGGGGUCAGCCUUUCUUAAAGGCUGAACUGGACUUGGCUCCAGCUUGUCAAACUUGAGUUUGCAGAAGAGGGGACACAACCAUGUCUAUACUGAGGCAUGACACAGAAUUUUAGAGAGAUUCUCUUUAACUUUAAACUGAUGCAGUUCACAAGUUUGACUAACUUGGUGAUCUUGUUAAAACCAGCAUUCCUUAAGAGGACCCCAUUUCUCCUCCACUGCUUACACUUUGCAGAAUGGGAUUUGCCUUCCUGCUUUUGCUCAGACUUCUGCAGGUUUUGGGCUUGCCCUGUUCUGCAGCUGGCAGAGGGAAGGGAUCAGAUUUGUUUUGUAGCUGCUCUGUGUGUGACUCCAGAGAGUUGAUGAUCACAGUCAGGGGCCAGAGGCAGUCCUGUGUCACCCACCAGGAUGGCAGUGCCAUUCUGAAGGACAGAAGUGAUACUUCUGAUAGCCACACCAGAGCUUUUGUUUGGUGUUCUCCUCCCAUUCUCUGGAACUUUUGGCUUUAGUUUUUAUAAUUGGCCAAAAAAAGGAAAAGCAAUUUUAACCAUCCGUAGGCUGCACUCAGUGCUGUGGUUGCUGCACAUGAGCUGAUGUUUGUGUGUGGAUGAGCCCCAGGUGUGAUCCAGCCUGGAGAAGCACUGGGCACCCUUUAGGAGGAAGCAGGUGUAGCCAGAUGUUUUCAUUUCUCGCUCCACACUUGUGAACAAGACGCUGUGUGUAACACUUGGCAUUUGCUGUAGUCAGGUGAUGUUUUCCUGAGGGAACAUCCAUGGAAAGUCUUACCCAGCAACUUGAGGAGUGUCUGCAGUGUUCUCUGAGGUCUGGGGCAUUGGGUGCUGUGUUUGUCUUGGUGGAGAGCUUCCUUUUGUGUGGUUUCCUCUGCCUCUUCCAAAACUUGUGUCCCUGACUGUGAAAAACCCUUCUGAGAGACUCAGUUUUUAUAGUGCACCUUGUAAAAAUAAAUGUAUCAACAUGGCAUUGCUAGGACUCAAAAAUUAGUAAUUGUUACCUUUUUAGUCCAGAAAUACUUGAAGGCUAUGUUUUUUCUUUAAGCAAAAAAGUUAUUUUCAUUAUGAAUGAAUGUAAAAGGAGUGUGUUUGCUAAAGUU